AUGGCGCGAGCUCUGCGCGCGCUGCGCUGCGCGGCGGGACCGGGACCGGGAUCGGGAUCGGGAUCGGGAUCGGGAUCGGGAUCGGGAUCGGGACCCGGACCCGGACCCGGACCCGAGCGGGGGCCGCGGGUCCGCUUCGGGCCCAGCCCCACAGGUUUUCUGCAUUUAGGUGGCCUUAGGACUGCUUUGUACAAUUAUAUCUUUGCCAAAAAGCACCGAGGAACCUUUAUUUUAAGAGUGGAGGAUACAGAUCAGAAUCGGGUGGUGCCUGGAGCUGCAGAAGGAAUAGAAGAUAUGUUGGACUGGGCAGGUAUUCCCCCGGACGAGAGCCCCGGGCGGGGCGGCCCCGCGGGGCCCUACGUGCAGUCGCAGCGGCUGGAGCUGUACGGGCGGGCUGGCGCGGCGCUGCUGGCCAGCGGGGCCGCCUACCGCUGCUUCUGCAGCCCGCAGCGCCUGCAGCUGCUGCGCCGGGACGCGCUGCGCCGCCAGCAGACCCCGCGGUACGACAACCGGUGCCGGCACCUGACAGCCUCGGAGGUGGCCCAGAAGCUGUCCCAGGGCCUGGAGUGCGUCAUCCGCUUCCGCCUGGAGAGGGGCGUGCAGCCCUUCCAGGACCUGGUCUACGGCUGGAGCAAGCACGAGGUGGCAGAGGUGGAGGGCGACCCCGUGAUCCUCAAGGGGGACGGCUUCCCCACGUACCACCUGGCCAGCGUGGUCGACGACCACCACAUGGGCAUCACCCACGUGCUGCGCGGCACCGAGUGGCUGGCCUCCACCUCCAAGCACCUGCUGCUCUACAGGGCCUUGGGCUGGGAGCCGCCCCGCUUCGGGCACCUGCCGCUGCUGCUGAACAAGGACGGGGGCAAGCUGUCCAAGAGGCAGGGGGACAUCUUCCUGCAGCGCUUCGCUCGGGACGGCUUCCUGCCGGAGGCGCUGCUGGACGUGGUCACCAACUGCGGCUCGGGGUUCGCAGAGAAACAGAUGGGGAGGACUCUGGAGGAGCUGAUCUCCCAGUUUGAAGUAAGCAGAAUUACAACUCAUUCUGCUCUCCUGGACCUCGAAGCACUCCCAGAAUUCAACAGGAUUCACCUCAGCCGUCACAUUGAGAACCAAGGGCUGCGCCAGAAGCUCGUCAGGGAGCUGCAGGGGCUGGUGGAGCUCGUCUAUGGGCAGCAGCAAGUGGAUCCAGAUGUUCUGGAAGAGGAAUAUGUGGAGCGAGUCCUUCUGCUGAGAAAGGGCCACAUAAGCCUCCUGAAGGAUCUGGUGUCGAGUGGUUACUCCUACCUGUGGGUCAGGCCCUCGGUGUCCCGGCAGCAGCUACAAACAAUUUCUGCAGAAGUAGAUAAAAUAGGAAAACUGGUCUCAGGGCUCCUGACAAGGCCAGCAGCUGCCCUGACUGUGGAGGAGUUGAACAGGGAGCUGAGAAGUGUGCAGAAGCAGACCAGAGAGACCAAGUACAGCAGCAUGAUGCAGCUGCUGCGCCUGGCGCUCAGCGGGCAGCAGCACGGCCCCAGCGUGGCGGAGAUGAUGGUGACCCUGGGAGCUGAGGAGGCGUGUGGCCGCAUACGCAGAGCCCUGUCCAGCUGA